UAGAGAAGCUCACUAACAACUACCACUCAAUCCAUGCUCUUAGUGAACCUCUAGCAAGUAAACUCAUUCGUUCAUGAUUCGCUACGUUCACUUCGCGAUUUAAUAAGAAAAAAGUACGACACAGUGAUAAGUGGAAAGUCGCUCAAUCAAUUCAGUUCGCUAACACUGACAGCUUAUUUCUUGUUCACACACAAUGAGCCCAAGUGUCCUGGUACGGCCAAGGGUGGGAAGAACCAGCUCUCACAUGGUCACUCGUAGGGAAACCCUGACUCAAACCAGUAGUGCACAUGGACUAUAGGAUAAUGAGAAAACAAAUGGUGUAUGAACCUAUUGUUGGUCACCAGAUAACAUCAAACUGCAUCGCUUAACGUUGCUCCACUACCUUCCAGGUUAAACCUUUAGGUCGAGGGCUCAGGGGUGGCCAUCGAAGAAAACCACCUGCUUCGGUUUGGGCACCCGAUCAGUAUCCCAUCCCUCAUACAAUUCGAAUGACGAAAUAUGGCGCAUAUAUACUUGAUGCCUCCUUGUACCAAUGUUCAUGUGUUUAAAUAAAUGAAAUAGAUCGCACGCAUUGAUCAUACAAUUAUUUACAUCUAAUUGGUUGAUCAUCUCACCACACCUAAACACGUUUAUUUUCGCUAUUACAGAUGUGAAUAUUUUUGAUUAUUACUCAUCAAUCACUGUUAGAACGUCUUUGCAUAUGAAUAUACUUAUGGCCAGUAAGCUAUGACUUAGGACCAGGCACAUAUAUGCAUUGGCCCAUACCACAUUAGCACAAGACGAACAUCGAAGCCAUAGUUGUUUGGUGGUAUUAUUGCUUAUAAGGAUAUAGAACAGGAAGGAAGAUGUAGUUGGCAGAAAGUUGUGAAGCGGUUUCAAUCUCACGGUGUAAGGCAUGACAAAGAGUGUAUACACGUACGCCAUUGUGAUCGAUUAUGAUACAUGACAUUCAGUCUCCAUCCAUUAGUUACGAUAGUCACGGGGACCGCAACUAAAUAGUCUGCAUCUCCCAUGAUGGCUAAGACUAGAACUUAGUGACUCGGAGCUCUGAUUUUACGUUUUGGUUCGAUCGCUUGUAACUUCCUCCUAACCAUCUAUAGUAGCCAGCAUCGCGCGUUGUGGCAAUCGGUGUUGAGCCAUACGCAACACGUGGUCCAACCAUUUUAGUCGUUGAAAAUUCACAACUUCGUCAACCGACUUAGCAUCACUCCCUUAUUCCCUGCAUCUAACUUCACUGUUACUUACUCGGUGGUCCCAGUAGAUGCCAGCAAUAUUUCUAAGACAUCUGUGGUCAAAUAUUAGUAGCUUAUGAAUAUCUUCAACUCUUAAUAGCCACGUUUGGCAGCCGUAAAGUAAAACAACGGUAUGCUGCGCAGUAUACUCAUCCCUUAAUUGAUAGACGGAGCUGAUUAUCUCACAAUUAUUACCAUUAUAUGCCAUCAUUAUCAUUUGCGUUUUUUCUUCUUAGUAAUACUCAACUAAAUACACAUUAUAACUCUACAUCAACAAACAAUUAACAUGUUAUAUUUCUUGACAUGUUUUUGAGUUCGAAUACUAUUUCUCGUAAAGCAGUAGUACGAUCUUUUGUGUUCAUUACUCAUAUUUUUCGUAAUGCCACUUAAUGUGCACAUUAUUUCUUAAAUCUGACUUUGGUUUUUCCGUUACCGAUUUGUAUCAACUCCUAGGACACACUAAUUAACUCACAAAUACACUGCUCCCCAUACAUUCCUCGUCUUCAUCUAACCAGCUGUUACAUUGACAAGUCACAUUCCUGUGGUUAGUAUAGGAUUUUUUUCUGAUAUACAUCGAUUUGAACUAUAUAUACCGUGUUUGGUAUUAAUUACUUGUUUCAAUUGUUCGUCACAUGAUCAAGACCAGAACACGCUAGACCUGAAAAUAAAGAUGUCAGCAGAAGAUUGUGAAAAUGAAUUACUUGCACUGGAAUCCAUUUAUGAAGAUAAGUAUCAACUUGUACAAACUACACCUAGACGAAAAAUAAAAGUAAAUCUAAAUGGUCAGUCAGAUGAUUCACUGUCAACUAAAGUUCGAUGUCAGCUUCUUUUUGAACUCACAAGCAACUAUCCAAAUAAACCACCUAAAUAUCAAAUACUUAAACCUGAAAAUCUUUCAGACGAAGAUAUUUCCGAUAUAAAUAUUAUAAUCAAUGAAGUAAUUGAACGAUCCCUAGGAUUUGUAAUGUUAUUUGAUAUAUUAACAGAAGUUCAAGAAAAAUUAGAUAGUAUCUGUGCAAAAAUCUUAAUUCGUCAGCGUAAUGAAGCUAAAGAAAAACGAAAAGCUAUACAACUAGAAGAAGAAGCGAAAUUCCGUGGUGAUAGAGUUACAGUGGAGUCAUUUCUAGAAUGGAAUACAAAAUUCCUUGCAGAAAUGGAAUCAUUAAAAGAAAAGUCAAUAUCUGAAGAUCAAAGUGCUGUUAAACGACUAACUGGACGUGAGCUAUUUUUGAAAGAUAAUCAUUAUGACGAUUCCGAUUUGACCUUCUUGGAAACUAAUGGUGGCGAAGUUGUAGAGAUUGAUGAACAUUUAUUUGUUGACAUUGGCGAUAUAGACCUGGAUGAUGAUAAUGAUGACGAUAAUAACCAAGUAGUUGUGACGGGAACAGCCUGAACGUAUUAUAUACUUUGUACAAAUUAAUUCACUCUAAAAGUAUCAUUGCUUUUAUUUUAACAAUUCUCUUCCGUUAUGUAAAGACAAAGAUAUAGACUUCUAUGACUAUGUAAAUUCUAAAAACUGUAACUUCCUGAUUUCACUAACCUGACACUACAUUUACUGUCAUGCAAAUUCGGCGACUGUAAAUUGUUAACUUGCAAAGCUUUAGUUUCGUGUUCUAAAACCUAGGGUAAUUAUUUAAAUAAAAGUAUACAACUUAUAAACCAAAGGCAAAUUCGUCCUCAUAGUUAAUAUUUUUUGGAAAUAAAUAUAUCUACUGUAUAAA